GCUUUAUAAACGAAGGGCAGUAGUUACUGGCAAUGUUCUGUUCAAAACACAGUGCGUCGUCUUUAGACAGUCCCAUUUUGUUAGUCUGAGUAUCACAUGCUUUUACAUUGUAAUCGAAGAAGAAUAAAGUGCUCCCAAUGUUAUACGCAGGCUAUAGUUAGGCUAUCGAAGUUGAAACCUAAUGGCAGAUAUACGGAAGAAGCUGGUGGCGGUGGGAGACGGCGCCUGCGGUAAGACCUGCCUGCUGAUCGUGUUCUCCAAGGACGAGUUCCCGGAGGUCUACGUCCCCACGGUGUUCGAGACCUAUGUGGCGGACAUCGAGGUGGACUCCCAGCAGGUCCAGCUGGCGCUGUGGGACACCGCCGGUCAGGAGGACUACGACCGCCUCCGUCCGCUGUCCUACCCGGACACUGAUGUCAUCCUCAUGUGUUUCUCAGUGGACAGUCCAGACUCCCUGGAGAACAUUUCGGAAAAGUGGGUCCCAGAAGUCAAACAUUUUUGUCCCAACGUGCCAAUCAUUUUGGUCGCCAACAAAAAGGAUCUACGUAACGACGAGACCGUCAAGUAUGAACUGUCGAGGUUAAAACAAGAGCCGGUGAAGGCGGACGAUGGACGGGCGAUGGCGAUGCGCAUCGGGGCGUAUGACUAUCUGGAGUGCUCUGCUAAAACCAAAGAUGGGAUAUGGGAAGUGUUUGAGACCGCAACCAAGGCAUCCUUAAAACAAAGACGACCGGGUGGCUGUGUGAACUGCUGCCUUUUGCUGUGAUGGAACAUUUUGCUAAAAGCUGCUUUUUAACACUGGGGCUGUGGUCAAGAUGAAGUGGGACUUGUUAUGGCCAAGGCCGCAGUGUGUUCAACUCUUAUUGCACACACACUCUAUUAUCACAUGAUGAAUGAAUGCCUAACAUGUGUUGCUUAGUUAAAUGAUUCUAUUAUAUGUACUUUAGUACUCUGCUCUUAAUAUAUGAGUAGGCUAAAAACAUUUUUGUGGAAGAUUUAUUUUUGGAAUCAACGAUAAAAUUACACGAAAUGGUUUGAAGGCUAGCCUGAGGUCAGUUUCAAAUCGAUUGUUUCACGUGCACAAUGAGAGAUUUCAUAUGCAACUUUCUGAUAUGGCUAUUAUGUCCAUAAAUAUUUUUAGCCUCUGGGAAUUCAAAUCCUUCUGACACGAUUACAUAGUGACAAAAUACAGUAUUAAAAAAAGAACGCAUCAGAGGCAGAGUAAUGGUGAUGGCAAUAAUUCAAUUCAAUUCAAUUUUAUUUGUAUAGCCCUUAAUCACCAUUACAGUCUCAAAGGGCUUAACAGGCCAAAUAUUUGUGACACCCCCCUUUACCCAUGCCCCCACACGGGCAAGAAAUAAUCCUUUGAAUUUAUGCCUGUUUAUAAUAAUAAACACAAAUGCACUAAGGGUGGUCCAAGUUUGCUAUCUGUGAGGAAAUUUGCCGAUGUAAAGUAAAAUGUGCAUUUGUGUGAUUGAGCAAUGGUCUGCCUAGAAUACCAAACUGCAAGGUUUGAAGUACGACAGUCUGACAGGUAGGCUACUAUCACAACACAAUAAAGCAGUUGGCCUAGUAUUAAAAAAGAAAACAUGCAUCAUAACAAGAGGACUGCUUAAGCUCAUGUCCAUAUCCUGAAAGUGUAGGCCUAAAUCUCGGACUACGAAAAAAAUAUGAAGCAAACAGCCGACAGGAAGCAAGAAGGGUAUAGAGAAGGCUUUGAACAAUGAGAAAUCAAAAUAAUUGCAAAUUAGCCAUGGAUAUGUAAGAUGGACUAAAUGCAGGUCAUUCAUUAGAAUCUAGUAAUUUCACAUUGUACUUGAUCUGUAAUUCGAUUCUGAGAAAGUUCAGCCUGUAGAGUUAUUUAUUCAUUGAGCAAAAUACGCCAUUUGACAUUUUUUUAUAACAGAGAAACUUUAGUUAGGCAACAAAUCGACAUUUCAGUUUAUUUACUGUGGGUAUAAAUGUGGUGCCAAUGACAUGCACAUUCCUCCUUUUACCUCUGACUCAAUAGCAACAGAAAUGAAUAGCUCCAAACCAGUCACCUCCAACUAAUAUAUAACUAUAUUGAAUUCAGUCAUCAGAGGAAAUAUAUACAAUUUUCAUAUCAGUCUUACCAGCAUUAAGAUGAAAUAGAACAAUAUAUGAUAUAAAUAUGAAAAGUAAAUAAAGGUAGCCAAUAAUAGUUCCAGGUAUUGAACAAACAUUCUGCAACACAUGAUCCAUUCCUUUAGCCGUCAGGCUGUGGUUGGUUCUUCCACAACCCAUAUGAUGGCAGUAUCUAGUUGCAUUCCCAGUCAGGGAGAAUUUGUAACCAUUUAUUAAAAGACAUCCCUGGAAUAUGAUAUUGUUGAUAAAAAAGUAAGUAUUUUGGUCCUCUUUUCAAGCAAGCAGUAGAUUUAUCUCACACUACUCGACACCCAUGGACCCAAGCAAGCCCCAAAUGUAUAAAAAUCCCCCAAAUUCCCCUGAUUAUUGCCCACACCUAUCAACAAAAUAAAUCAACAUUUUGAAAUCAUUUCUAACCCUUUUAACUACACAGGCUUUAAGACUUAAUAUUUAUAAUAAAUGUUUAUUUUUACAAAUAUUGUGAUAUGAUUGUUUGGAAUUAUUCUAUUAUAUUUCAACAUGAACAUGAUUUAUGCCUGUUGAUUUCACAUGCCUGUUCAAUCACACCUUGAUAAAUAUACAACAAAAUUGUGUAUUUAAUUCUGUCCUACCCAUGAAGUCAAUUUGUUGCGCAAUACAAGUAGAAUGAAUAGUUAGAGAAGCCCUUCCACCACAACAUUUUAACCACUAUGUCAAUGCUUUUUCAGCCAAAGGCAAGCAUCUCUAAUGAGAUUAUUUUUCAAACUACCAUUUUAUAAAAGUUUCUCUAAUAUAUGAAUUUUUUUUUAUGUUGACUUGGUUAAAUCUUCGACUAGAAGAUCACUAAUAGUACAUUGAAUCAUUUGAGAUUACAAGCUCUGUCUCACUACUUCCAAUGUGUGAAAACAGCAGAAUAAUUCGCUUUAAGCCAAUAAUGUGAUGUUGUGUCGGCUGGACCCAGAUAUUCUGCCCUGUUGUAAAUUAUAUGAUACAUAAAAUAUAUAAUAAUAAAUAAUAAAUAGUCAUACACUGGUAUAUAUGCAGUACAGUUUCUU